UCUUCCUUUGAGUCAAAAAUUACAGGCGAGUGAGAGAAAUGGAAGCUCGUAGCACAGUGUGCGCCACUGCCUAAAAAGAUCACAGUAUCUCUCUCCUUCUCGUCGCAUAGCAAAGCUUCUCUCGGACCCCAUCCCAAAACCCAAUCCCUUCUCUUCCCUUCCCCAAAGUAGCUUCAUAAAUAACGUCUUCACUACCUACACUUUGACUCCAAUUCUGAAUCCCCAUCUUCAAAUUCAUACCCCAAACCUCUUCGAUUCCUCUCCGCUAGUCCCACAUUGACAUUUGAUUUUGAUCCCUUGUGAAUUACUGCUUCUGGGUCAUUUGGGUCAGCGGAAAUGGAUCCUCCCCUUGUUAACGAAUCCUCCUUUUCUGCUGCGAAUCCUUCUUCUUACAGCUUGGCUUCGAUUUGGCCUUUUGGGGGGGACCAGGGUGGGAGUGUAUUGGGGCUUCGAAUGGCUAAUUUGGCUCAGAAUCUUGGUGGGUUUCGUGAGUGCUCCACGAAUCGUGAUGGGUCAAUGGAAGAAUCGACAGUGACGGAGCAGAGUGGCGGUGGGAGGAAGAGGAAGGAUGUGAGCUCUGAAGAUGAAUCUUCGAGAAUGGUUUCCACUAGUAGUGCUAAUCAAUUGAGUAAUUCAAAUGAUAAACGGAUGAAAGUAGUGGAAUCCAGAGAUGAAAAUGGUGGUAUAAAAGCUGAAGUAGAUCCUAACUCAUCAGAUGGUAAGAAGCUGGCCGAGCAAAGCCCGAAACCCGAACCACCAAAAGAUUACAUCCAUGUCAGAGCAAGAAGGGGCCAAGCUACUGAUAGCCAUAGUUUAGCAGAAAGAGCUAGAAGAGAGAAGAUCAGUGAGAGAAUGAAAAUUUUGCAGGACUUGGUUCCAGGUUGUAACAAGGUUAUUGGAAAAGCACUUGUCCUUGAUGAGAUAAUAAAUUAUAUCCAAUCACUGCAACGUCAGGUCGAGUUCCUCUCCAUGAAACUUGAAGCUGUGAAUUCCAGGAUGAACAUAACCCCUGGCAUUGAAGGUUUUACUGUAAAAAAUAUCGUUAAUCAACCAUAUGAUGCAGCUGGAAUAUUAUAUGGUUCACAAGCAGCAAGAGAUUAUACCCAAGGUGCACAAACUGAAUGGUUGCAUAUGCAAAUCGGUGGAGGUUUUGAAAGAACGUCUUAGAUCUCAAUAGGCUUCUUAUAAUCAAAUGUCAAAAUUGAUUUGGCUUCCUCAUUAUUUAGUUCAGUAGAUAUAUAUAUAUUAUAUAUAUAUAUAUAUAUAUGUUUGAUCAUUUAGUAUAAAAUACUUGUAUUAUUCCCCUUAGGGACCAUUCGAUAUAAUUGGAACGCUCAAUUACUUGUAUCAUCUACAGAAAUUGAACCUACUUCCAAUUUGUAACUUACUGACUGAUAAAUCUGGACUGCAGUUGUACUGGAGAAAAAACCUACUAAGCUUCCAUUACUGCUCUUAAUCCUGUUUACUGCCUAAAUGGACUUGAUGAAUCCAAAGAUAUAUUCUCUCUC